UAUAUAGAUACAUUGAAGAGGUGCUCGUGAAUUGAGUGUGAUCAACUCAGCAAAGACACUUGUUGCAAGUUAGUAUUCAUUAUCAAAGGAGCAAAGAAAGGAUGUCUCAUACAAUAAUUUUAGGCAUACUUGUUUUUAAAACAGUGUGCUUUGUGUCUGUGAUAUCUCAGUGCUGCGAUUUACAGACUGCUGCACCAGUUCACCAUGACUGUCGUAGAGUAGAUGGGAUUAGUGUCACUAAUAUUGAAACAAUCGAUGGUCACAGAUUUACAGCUCUCUGUAGAGAUAGGCGCUUGGUAAUUGCUCGAAGAUUUGACGGAUCUGUAAGCUUUGAUCGAACUUGGGAAGAAUACAAAAAUGGGUUCGGUGAUCCAAAGGGAGAGUACUUCAUAGGGUUUGACAAUCUCAUUGCUCUUUUACAUCAGAAACGCUAUGGAUUACGAGUUGAGCUAACAACAUGGGACUGCGAGACCAAGUAUGCUCACUAUAGUGGAUUUUGCAUUGAUUCUGAGGCAAAAAAAUACAAACUCAGACUGAGCAACUAUUAUGGCACCGCAGGUGAUGGGUUGAUGGAGCGACAUAGUGGUAUGCAGUUUAGCACUAAAGACAGAGAUAAUGAUAAUUAUUCAGGCAAUUGCGCUAAAGAAAGGAGUGGGGCAUAUUGGUAUGAUGACUGUACAGAUUCAGACCUCACUGGUUCAAACCUCUUUGGACAUUAUUCUACUGG